GUCAUCCUGCCCUUUCACCCUCCGUUGGUGCGUCCUGGAUCCGGUUGUUGAAUGUGUCUACUACGUGUGAAUUGUGUGUAAACGAUGGCAGAGAGAAAGCAGCCUGGCAUUUGUAACCCUACUACUAAUUUACUUUUUUCUUCGCCAACUGAAUUUAGUUUUUCUGUACCUUUUAUUCCAGUUAGUCAGGCAGUAGGACCUGGUGCUGGUGUACUUACAGGAGAUGAAGCUGCAGAUGUUGGGGAGGAGGAUAGUUUUCUUGGACAGAGUUAUACCGGCAGUAACCAACCACAGACAUUUAGCUACUUCUCUCAGGCACCAGUCAGCAAUGAUCCUUUUGCCAGUAUUGGGCAUUUGCCACUUGGAACUACUGCAGCCACUACUGGAACUACAUCGUUUUCAAAGCCUCCUUUGCCUCUAGGGUCUGGAGUGCAGACGGCUCCUUCAUUGCCAGUGCCACAUUCUCAACCAGGGUGUGGCAUCCCUCCUAAUGCAGAAGUCUCAAAUAAUGUGCACCAGGGCUUUCCUCCUCCUAAUAUUUCAGCACUUCCACCAGCUGGACCAAUGCAGCCUGGUUAUAAUCCAUAUCGGCAUACUCCGCUAAGCAGCAAGGCAAAUCCAUACAUAACCCCACCUCAGCUUCAGCAAGUCCAAGCCUCAGACUAUCAGAUGCAUCUCACACAGCUGCCUCCUUCUUUACCACCAACUCGGGUAUUCCAAGCUCCUCCUGUACAACUGCCACAGCCUUCUUCAACAGGCCCCACACAGCUGCCACCAGUUUCUAGACCUGCAGGUCCACUAGUACAAGCGGUACCAACUUUUCCCCUCAACUUUUAUGAAGCUGUCCAGCCUCACUGGUUUUACUGCAAGCAGGUAGAGAGCAAAGUGAUUUGGAUGCCAUUCAGUGCUCUAGAUUCAGUAAAACUGGAAGAAACAUUCAAUUCUGUCCAACCUGAUCCAGAAAAUGUGGUAGUGAGUACAGACGGAGGACGUUAUGAUGUUUAUUUGUAUGAUCGAAUGAGACAUGCUGUUUAUUGGGAGGAAGAGCCAUCUGAAGUGAGACGGUGUACCUGGUUUUACAAGGGUGACACUGACAGUAGGUUUGUUCCAUACGCAGAAGAUUUCAGUGAAAAAUUAGAGGCAGAGUAUAAGAAGGCUGUUAGCGCUAAUCAGUGGCAUAAAAGACUUGAGUUUCCAAGUGGCGAGACAAUUGUAAUGCAUAAUCCAAAGGUUAUUGUCCAGUUCCAGCCAUCAGCAGUGCCAGAUGAAUGGGGAACAACACCAGAUGGACAGACUCGACCUAGAGUAGUCAAACGAGGAAUUGAUGAUGAUCACGAUGAAAUCCCAGAUGAUGAGGUACCUCAAGUCGAUCACUUAGUGUUCAUGGUGCAUGGCAUAGGUCCUGGAUGUGACUUGCGUUUUAGAAGCAUUGUUGAAUGUGUUGACGAUUUCAGGGCAGUGUCUCUGAAGUUAGUGAAAACACAUUUUAAGAAAGCCGUGGAUGAAAGUAAAGUGAAACGUGUAGAAUUUCUCCCUGUUCACUGGCACGAUUCAUUACAUGGAGAUGCUACUGGUGUGGACAGACGAAUCAAGAAAAUAACAUUGCCCAGUACCUCUCGUUUACGCCAGUUUACAAAUGAGACUUUGCUGGAUAUACUGUUCUACAGCAGCCCCACAUAUUGUCAGACAAUUGUGAACAAAGUUACAAUGGAAAUGAAUCGUCUUUAUGAGUUGUUUAUGAGUCGAAACAAGGAUUUUAAUGGUGGAGUGUCAAUGUCAGGCCACAGCUUAGGUUCAUUAAUUCUCUUUGAUAUACUGUCAAAUCAGAAUGACUUUUCCAGCCUUAAUGCUUCCACAACAAGUGUUGCAAAUGGAACUGUAAAGGCUCCUGAAAUUAUCGAACCAAAACAGCUAGAUGCUCAGAAUGCGCUGAACCUAAACCACAAUGGAAGUGGUACUGAGCAAACUGAGGAGGAAGAGGAGGGGACAGAGGAGAAAGAAGCACUGACCUUGGAAAGAGCUCUGGAGAUGCUCGGCCUGUCUGAAUAUAUGAACACUUUUGAAAUAGAGAAAAUUGAUAUGGAAUCUCUGAUGAUGUGUACAGUAGAUGAUCUUAAGGAAAUGGGAAUACCUCUUGGCCCAAGGAAAAAAAUUGCCAAUUUUCUAAAAGAAAGGCAAAAUCAACAGGAAAAGAAGAGAAUUGCAGCAGAAAAGAAAGCAGCAAUGGAAUCCUCUAGGAAAUCUCAAGAGGAAGCAAGCCAGAAGGCAAGGGAAGAAGAUGCUAAUGUUUAUUCUUCUGUAUCAGAUGGGCAGCUGGAGCAAGCAAAGAGAAGACCGACAGCUGGGGGCAGAGUUUCCUCAAUGCAUGUUGAUUAUGAGUAUUUUGAAAUUGGUACGGGGCAGGUAUCAGUGGCUUACCAUACUUUAGACUUCAAUCCAGAAAUCUUUUUUGCUUUGGGUUCUCCCAUCAGUAUGUUCCUCACAGUGCGGGGGUUGGAAAAAAUUGAUGUCAAUUAUAGGCUGCCAACGUGCAAGGGAUUCUUCAAUGUUUACCAUCCACUUGAUCCAGUGGCAUAUAGAAUUGAGCCUUUGAUAGUCCCAGAUUUAGAGCUAAAGCCAGUUCUUAUUCCUCACCACAAGGGAAGAAAAAGGCUUCAUCUCGAAUUGAAGGAGAGUCUGUCACGCAUGGGGUCAGAUUUGAAGCAAGGUUUUAUCAGCUCCUUGAAGAGUGCAUGGCAGACACUGAAUGAAUUUGCACGUGCACACACAUCCUCUCAGCAGCUACAAGCUGAACUAGAGAAAGUAGCACACCAGAUCAAAGAAGAAGAAGAAAAACAAGUGGUUGAAGUGCAAAAACUUGUAGAAGGUCCUGAGUCUUCAAAAGAGGAAGAAAUCUCUGCAAAGAUAGGAAUGCUAAAUGGAGGGCGCCGUAUUGACUUUGUUUUGCAGGAGAAACCCAUUGAAAGUUUUAAUGAAUACCUCUUUGCUCUUCAGAGUCAUUUAUGUUACUGGGAAUCUGAAGAUACUGCACUGCUUAUUUUAAGAGAAAUCUACAGUACAAUGGGCAUUAAUCCUGAACAGCCACAGCACUGAUCAUUCAGAGAAUGGUUACAAUCUACACUGCCUGCUAUCUUGCUGUACCUUAACUUUUAAGAAGAACACUUCAGAGGAGUGGUUGUGAUAUAGUCCACAGAAAAGUAGUUUUGUCUGGCAGCAGCUUUUCAGAGCAAAAACAUGGAUGUUUUCUUUGCAACAUCUUUAUCCAGCAAUUGUCUUCACAGAAAAACUGCAAAUGCUGUGUGACAAAAAAGAAAGAAUAAAACAGAUACGUGAACGGCUUCAUUUUUAAGGAACUGUAAAUUGACAGUUGGUGGGCUAAAAUAUCUAUUUGUACGGAAUUUGAUGCAAAUUUCUAUUUCUGAUUUUUAGAUCAUUUCUUUGGCCAAAUUAAGGAUUACCUAGUGGACAAAUGCUGCUGUAGUACAGGGGACAAAUAUGGUGUGUCUCAACAUUUUGGCAGUUCCAGCAAAAUAGCUGCUGUAAAAUUAAAAUAUAAGUUUAUAUUUUUAGACUUUUUUCUUAUCUGCCAAACAGGUUUUGAAGACUGUGUUGAUUGAUAGUUUCACUACAGCAACUGUUUUUAAACCCUUACAUCUAAUGCUAUCAUUGAAGAAUUAAUGCACCUGUUAAGUGUGUCUCACCUUUCAAAGUGCCAGCAAAGAAAUAAUUGAAGUAUGUUGCAUAUUCCAGAUAAGCUUUUCUCUGUUUACAUCUCAUGGCUGUUUCAUUUGUGGAAUGCCUCUGUUAACACCGUUUUAGCUGUUGCUUAAAUUAACCACAGAUUCCACUUAAAUGUGAUAUAUAUUUUUCAGUAAAUAGAACGGUUAAGUCAAUGCAUUUUUAAAAGUAUUGAACAGUUUCUGGUAUUUUAGUAAUGGGACCAUUUAGCAAGAUAACUUCCUUUCCUUUGUUGACUAUAGUAUCUGCCACUG